GGGAAGGGGAACAUGAAGCUCUGAAGAUACUAGCCUGCAAAUAUCUCCAGGGGCGUUGCAAGUUGCAAGGUGGAGGCAAGGAGAACGACCUACUUUGCCCAUCUAGCUAGCUGACAAGGGCUUCCCAAAAGGGCUCAGCAAGGAAUAUCUCUCCAGCUGGACUGCUAGUGUAGGCAGUGUGGAGGGCACGUUCGUGAAUUGCUCGUUUGAUACUUACGAGUUGGUAUUAUCGUGAAAGUUGCCCCUCGAGCAGAGCACGCUCUUGAGUCGCUAUCAGAGAAGGGUCACGUUGCUGCAAAGGAGAUUUGUAUAGAAACAUCUGUUGUUAGAGAAAGGGCAUCUUUGGAUUCCAGUGGAUGGACACGACGUUGCGGGAAACAAACAAGCAUGGACAUGAUGCAGACGGGAUAUCAAAACCAGAGUCAGGAUGGCACCAGUCCGCGCCCCAGUUUCUGGCCCCAGUUUAUGAUGGGCCAAGGGGGUAUGGUCCCCCCCGGUCAAGUCCCCCCCCUGGCGGGGGGCCCCGCUGUCUACCCCAGCGGCCCUACCCCCGCCCUUGCUCGCUACCCCUCUGGGAGCGUGCGUCCCAGCCUGCCUGCGCCCCUGCUGAUGCCUGUGCCCCCGCAGCCGCUGCACCACGCGCAGAGUGGGGGCCCGCUCAUCCAACAGAUGCAGCCGGGAGCCAAGCCCUCCACGUCAGAGAGCUUGUCCACUAAGGUACGUAAGCCAUACACCAUCACCAAGCAGCGUGAGCGCUGGACUGAGGCAGAGCACGACCGCUUCUUGGAGGCGCUCAAGCUGCACGGCCGCGCCUGGCGCAAGAUCGAGGAGCACAUCGGGUCCAAGACUGCUGUCCAGAUCAGGAGCCACGCCCAGAAGUUUUUCUCCAAGUUGGAGCGUGAAGGCAGCACGGCCAACCCUGCCAGCAGUGCUCCUGAGAUUGACAUCCCGCCUCCCCGCCCCAAGCGCAAGCCUAGCCACCCGUACCCGCGCAAGGCGGGCGGCAACAUGAGCGAGAGUGAGAGUGAGUACGGGCCCAGCCCCCGGACAGGGUCGCGCACCGAGCCCCUUGACGAGGCCCUCAGCCCCAACACCGACUCCCUCCAGCGGGGACAGUCGCGCAGCUUCUCGCUGUGGCGCAAUGGCUCUGCCCCGGAGCUGCCCCUGGGUCCCUCUCCUGCUGUCUCCAGAGACCCUGCUGCGCUGCCCCUCUCUCUGGGCCGCUCUGUCUCCGUGGGCCCCGCCCUGCCAGACACCCAGCAGCAGUACAACAGCCUCAAGCUCUUUGGACAGCUGCUGGGGCCCAAACGAGGCGAGAAGGACGAAGGGGACCAGCAAAGAGGUGCUACCAAGCUCCUGCUGGAGGAUGGCUGUGAGCGGCACGCCACCUCGGAGCGCAGCUUCCUCGAGUCGGGGGUGUCCUCCGCUGUGAUUGAGGGCGACGCUACCGACUCGUACGCCCCCAGCACCAGCGGCCGCGUCUUCCCCUCGCAAUCCCACAGCAAGGACCUCCACCGCCAACAGAGCUCCAGCCAGCGGGGGGACUCCAAGGACUUCGCCUUCGCUGCCCCCCCACCAAAGGGCAGCGCACCUGCGGGGAGGCCAUCCCAGAUGCCGGCUACCCAGCAGACUCCCCCUUUCUCCAAGCCCGAGAUGGCCUUCUCUCAGGCCCCCGCUCCGGCCCUGUUUGCGCCCGCCAUGUCGGGAGCAAUGCCUGCGCAGCUGGCGCAGAUGAUGGCCACCCAGUAUGCGGCGGGGGGGCAGUUUGGCGGGAGCGCGCAGCAGUGGAUGCCGUUUGGGGCGGGGGGUCCCUGGGGCAAUGCGGCGUUUGAGCAGCUGGCCAUGCUGGCGCAGAUGAACGCCUACAACACGGCCAACAGCAACCCGUUCGGGCCAUGGGGAGCCAACCCGGCGGCCAUGUGGGGCGGAUUUGGACUUGGGCAAAAUGCGCAAGGGGCGGGGGGCACAGGGGCGGAGGGCCAGAGCGCAGAGGAGGCGGCUGCAGAGAGCCGAGCCGCAGCGGCGGCAGUGGCAGCAGCAACCAUGGCAGCAGCGUCUGCCUGGUGGACUCUUCAGAACAAUGCAGCGGCAGCGGCGCAAAUGGGGCGGCCUUCGGCCCUGCCCUUCCCGACCCCACCCUACCCGCAACAACAGCAGCAGCAGCAGCCUGCCAGCGCCCCCCAGGGCCCCUCCCCUGCAGACUACGGCGCCCCCCCCCUCCUGCGCAUGCCCACUGCGCACUCCGUGCAGCGGGGCGCGCGCUCCGAAGAGACGCCCAUUCGCCCCAAUUCGCCCCCAGCUUCCGCCAAGGAGUCGGAGCUGGAGCAGAAAGGGGCCGCAGGGGGCACCCCGCGCAUGGCGGUGCCGUCCGCAAGUGCGCCCCAGCCUGAGAUGGAGGCGGCCAGCAGUGACCCCAGGAGCAUGGGGGCCCCAGGGGGCGUACCCCGUGAGGCGGCCAUCCGGCGGGCGGAGAGAGCGAACAAGCUGCGGGAGCUCAAGGGGCGGAGCGGGAAAGCGGGCGACCUGCUGGCCGACUCGAGUGUGACGCCCGGCGUGUUCACGGACUCGUGCCCUUGGGCAUCAUCGCAGACCCGGCGCAGCCUGGAGAGCAGCGCAGACAAGGAGUCGGCGGCGGUGCAGAAAGGCGGAGAACGGGGGGACCACAAGGGGGCCGCAGAGGAGGGGCGGGUGCAGCUUAAGGGGGGGGAGCAGAAGGAGGAGCAGCACGCGCUGGAGGCGGCGAUUCUGAAGAAGCUGAAGAAAGACGAACGGCGGCGGGACAAGCUGCGCACCCAAAGCGCGAGCGGGAGCAACGAGCCAGCCGGAAGGGCAGAGAGCGCGGCAGGGCACUCCAACGACAGGACGGCAGAGCCUGCACCGCAAAGGGGGGGGUCGCCGCCCGAGGUCAGCAACUCGGAUGGUGGGGCAAGCGGCAGCGGGAAAGAAGGGAGCGGGGGAGGCCCGAGCUCCAAUUCGUCGGCCGUGGGAGACAUCCCCAACGAGGACCAGCAGGGGGCUCGGGGGCGGGCGGGCAGCGAGGGGGCGUCCACGGAGGGGGAGCGUGAGCAGGCGGGGGAGAGGGGAGGCCAGCAGAAGGGCACAAGUCCGGCUGAGGACGAGCGGCCCGGUGAGGGAGCGCCGGAGCCCCCUCAGGGCGACGACAGGCAGGCGGGCAGUAAGCCAGGCCGGCCGUUCGACGAGUUGUUCAGGCACCAGCCGCAGCUGCAGAUUGCACCCGCACUGAUGGAGCAGGGCAGCGACGAUCGGACCCCGACCGCCCGCUCAGGCCAGGCCGGCGGCAAAGACGGGGCGGUGGGGGAGGGGCUGGUGCGCAGCGCGUCAGGAAAGCACCAUCACCACCGGCACCACCACCACGCUGGCAACAAGAACGCGUCUGCUGCUACGCUCGGCAGUAGCACCGCAGGGGGGUCCUCCGGGUUUGUCCCGUACAAGGGCUAUCAGGGCACCUUUGUGAGUCAGGGGAGCCUCGACUCGCAAGGCCGGGGCAGGGAGAUCAAGCACGAUAGGCCUGACCCGGGGGCGGACCUGCCCAGCCCGGCCAAGAGGCAACGGGUGCAGGUAGUGGCGGGGGAGGGGGUAACUAGAGAUGGGGGUGAAGAGAGGAGGUCCAGGAGUCCUCCCACAGAAAAGCGGAGCUCGCCAGCGGGCGGAGGGGGAGGAGGGGGUGGGGUCACGGGUCUGUCUAUGCUUAUGCAGUUCUAAGUGGAGCGCUUUUCUAGGGUACUCCAAAGGUGUGUACCUGUGCAUGCUCCACUGUUUUGUUGCAUUUAGGCACUAAGGUUUUGUACGAUACAAGUGCCCAAAAGAAGGGCGGGGGUGCAAGCAAGUUUGAGGUCGGUAAUCUGUGUUGCAAAGGUGCAAGUUAGAAUGUCAAGUCUUCCAAAAAGUGUCGUUGGAUGAACUGAAGCAGGAUUCACCUGUACAUUAAGCUUAUUGGAUACAGUAAGAUCCUCACCAGCAUCGUGCAUUUUGGUAUGACUCAAGGUCAUUGAGUACUGGCUAGCGACUUAUGAGAGCUGACAAGAUACCGUGGAUGAUCUUUUGAUGCGUUCG